GCGCCUGCCAAUGCUGCUGCCGCCCGGGCGGAGGGCGCGCUAGGGCCGGGGCCGCCGCGGCUGCUGCAGGGCCGGGCUGAGCCCCCGCAGCCUGCGUGGGGGAUCCGCUCGGCCGGGGAGCCGGGGGGGCCAUGGCCGGGGCUGCCGCCCGCUGAAUGUGCCCGGGGAGGAGGAGGCGCCGCCGGGCAUGGGGAGCCGGGAGCGGGGCGGGCGCUGCUGCUAGCGGGGAGCUCGGCUCCGGGCGACCCCCCCCACCCCGCCUCUUCCGCACAGCCGGGCGGCAUCCCAGCCUGGCCUGUGCUAUGUGCAUUCAAAGCGUCUUCUCCAGUAGCGUUUGCAAAUGAAAAUGGAGGAAAUGUCUUUGUCUGGCCUGGAUAACAGCAAGCUGGAGGCCAUCGCUCACGAGAUUUACACGGACCUGGUCGAAGAUGCCUGCCUGGGGCUCUGCUUUGAGGUGCAUCGGGCAGUCAAGUGCGGUUACUUCUUCCUGGAUGACACGGACCCCGACAGCAUGAAGGAUUUCGAAAUCGUGGACCAGCCUGGCGUGGAUAUCUUCGGCCAGGUCUACAACCAGUGGAAGAACAAGGAGUGCGUGUGUCCCAACUGCAGCCGCAGCAUCGCUGCCUCCCGCUUCGCCCCCCACCUGGAGAAGUGCCUGGGGAUGGGUCGGAACAGCAGCCGGAUAGCCAACAGGAGGAUCGCUAGCAGCAACAACAUGAACAAAUCCGAGAGCGACCAAGAGGACAACGAUGACAUCAACGAUAACGACUGGUCCUACGGCUCCGAGAAGAAAGCAAAGAAGAGGAAAUCCGAUAAGCGUUUGUCUGCCUUAUUCCAGAACCCCAACUCGCCCCGGAGAUCGAAAUCCUUAAAACACAAAAAUGGGGAGCUCAGCGGGAACUCGGAUCCCUUUAAGUACAGCAGCUCUUCUGGAAUCAACUACGAAACGCUGGGUCCCGAGGAGCUCCGCUCGUUGCUCACCACGCAAUGCGGGGUGAUCUCCGAACACACCAAGAAGAUGUGCACCAGGUCUCUGCGGUGCCCCCAGCACACAGACGAGCAGCGGAGGUCAGUCAGGGUCUACCUCCUUGGACCCUCUGCCUCUCUCCCAGAAGCAGAGAGCAGCGUGGAAAACGAGGGCUUUGACGUGUCGGAGAGCCAGGCCAUCAUGAGCCGGCUGCAGUGGGACGGCUCCUCGGACAUCUCGCCCUCCGACUCGGCCUCCUCGAAAGCAAGUACGAACAACUCGGAGUCGCGAAAACCCAAAAAGAAGAAGCCGCACCUGAGCCUGGUGGGGGGCACGCCGGGGCUCAGCUCCGGCAAGAAGAAGAAACCCAAACCGCCCGCGCCCCCCACCCCCAGCAUCUACGACGACAUCAACUGAGGGGCGGGGGCGGCCCCUGCGCCGGGCCUGUCCUGACUCUGAUGGCGCCCGGGGGAGCCAGCCGGCGCCUCGUCCCCCCCACCCCGCUCCAUUGACUGCAAAGAGAGAGCGCGUCUCUGGGAAUCGGACUGCGCGGGGCACCCGUCUCCAGGAGGGGGCGCUGUGGAGCUGGAGGCCGUCACUGCCUGUGGGGAUUGGGGGGCAUGGCGGGCGUGUCCCUUCCCCCCAUGUCUAUUUAUUCUGUGAUUUUUUUUUUUUUUUGUACUGGAUGUCCAAUCAUGACUAUGUGGUGACGUCUGUCGCUUGGCAACACUAGAGACGGGUGGGGGGGACUGAGCUGAUUCCACCCUGGCCCUUGAAGGGAGGCCCCGGAGAGGAGGGGUGCGGGAACCGGGCCGUGCCAGCCCCGCAGCCUCCCCGCCUGCUCUGACCGACGAGCUGGAAAGGAGGGGAUCUGAGGGGAGGAAAAGGCCCCAGGUGUGUCCCUUCAGAGCCACCUCCUCCAGGGAGCAGGGUUGCUGGUGCAAGGGUCCAUGCCAGGGACCCAGGGCCUUUGCUUUCAGGGUAACCCAAGCCUUAUGUGACUUCUGGCUGGGCCUUGAUUUGGCAUUUGUGGGGGGGGAGGCGUUCCUCCUUCCUUCUGCCCCCAGGUGGGGAGGGGGCUGGCCGCUGACAGGUCAGCACCCCAGCCAGGCCAGCGCUCAGGGCGUGAUCUGAUGUCUCCGCUGUGGUGCGCUCUGCCCGCAGGGCGGUGGCCGUGUGCCAGCCUCGCUCUGUGGCUGGUGCUCGCUGGGUGGGCCGGCCCCAGAGCGGGCACCGGUCAGUGCGCUGGGUGAGGACUGCGGGGUACGGUCGGGCCCGGGGCUGUGGGAGGGCAGAGGCCCCCUCCCCAUUCGGCGUGGAGGCUGGAUGGUGACACACAUUCCCGUGGGGGUCCCCCUCCUGGCAUGGGGACGUGCUUUCGGCUGCUUAGCUCCGUGGUGUUGCUGGCGUUUGUUCUGCCGUCUCUGCUUGGGGGGACGAGACUGCUGUACCGUUGGGGGGGGGGUGUACCAUCGCGAUGCUUUGCCUUGCCCAGUGUUGCCCUGGGACUCCAGUCGUACCCAGUGAUUGGAGGGAGCUGCUGGCUGGGUAAGUGCUGGGGCCCUCCUGCCGCUGCUACCGUGGAAAGCAGCCGCAGGGCCCGUGACAAAGCACGUGCUCCGGCUGCAUCCACGGGACUUCCUUUGCCAGGCCCGUGUUCUCGCUCUCUGCACAGCGCAGGUCUCUGAGCAGCGAGGCUGGCAUUGGAAGGAUUCACUGCUUUAAAAAAACCUGGGGGGGGGGAAGCGUAUUCGCCCCCUCCCUCUUCCCUGCCUCCCAUCUCCCCUCGAGCUUUAGGAAGGGACAAGUGAGUGCCCACUGAAUCACGUGGCUUGGGCUGCCCUUUGCUAGAGACGAGCUCCUUCCUCUGCACGCUCUGAACGUGCUAAGCAUGGCCCAGGCCCCAUUUUUGGGGCAGGACUCCCCCUUUUUUUCCCUCCGAGGACACAUGGUGCUUCCUGCUGACUUGGAAAACCGAAUGCUUACAUUUUCAAGGUGUCUCUUACUUUUUCUCUCAUCUCUGGGUGGCCCUCUGGUUUCUGAUUCUCCUGGGGCUUCUUGUCACCAGGAACCAGACCCCGAGUGGGCUUCUCCUGGUGGGUCUUUUCUUGUGGCUCUUCUCCUGUCUCUCUUGAAUUUCCAUCUCUGCAAUUCUCAGCCAGCUGAGCCGUGCGCCCGUGUUUGCAGAGCAAACCUCCCAGGGAACUGAGACCCGAGCCGGCUGCUUUUAUUUCCUCUAGGCCUUUCUGUGAUGUGAUCCGGCUGAUAUUUUUUUUGCAGUUGGGGGAAGAAUUCAAGUGGCGGUCGGUUUCUGAGCCUUUUGCUAAUGGUGACCAGCCUUGCUGCAGGCCUGCUUGCAGAGAACCUCUCUGUCCUGCAGGUGGCAGCGUGUCCGUCUGUCUGUCUGUCUGACUCUUCCUGGACGCUUGCGUGUGUGAGCGAGGCUGUAUCCGGAUGCCUUGCAGGUUCCAAAAGCAUCUGAAAACUGAUUGGGGGGGGCACCUCCAGGUUUCUCCUCUGCUUUCCCGUGGGAGCCGUGGCACUCAGCCAGCCCUCUCGUGCGUGCGGCUCUGCACUGAAGGGGCCUGUGGGGUGCCCUCAGUGAAAGGGCAGGAACCCGAGGGCAUGCAGAGCUCGCUGCUUGGAUCAUGGUGGGGGCUGCAUGCGGAGCCAUCUCUGCCAGCUGCGUCUCGAUGUUCGAGGUCAAGGCAGUCACGGGGCACAGCCCUAGCUCAAAACUGGGGGGCCACUCAGAGAGGGGGAGUGGAGAAGGCACCUUUGACACUGAGCACAUGUGUAUGGCGCAGGGCCAUGCUUCUGGCCUGCAGUCUGAGGCAGCCAGCUGUCUGCGUAGGUAUGUGCUCUGCUCAGUUGUGGUUCUGGUCUCCCUGCACCUUCCUUCUGUUCCGCAGGUCGCUCCCUGCCAAGGCUGGGGUGUGCAGACCCAGCCUUUCCCAUGUAACUUUUGUCUUGGGUCUCCAAACGCCUGAGGCACCGAUCGGCUGUACGUGGCCUGGAAUGUCUGCUCCAGUUCGCUGUGGGCCUCAUCGCAGAAUGGUGAAAAUGGCUAAACCCCGAUCAGCAGCUCUGCUGGCUGGCAAAUAUGAACUGAGUCCCGUAGUGCAAAUGAGGUGUCCUGCUUCCCACAGCCUUGCUGAUUCCCUAAGGUAACUUUAUGAAAGGCACCUGUCUGACCCUAGGAAACCUUUGUUCUGCGUUAGACUCUGACCUGUGCUCCCAUGUCUGUCUCCUAAACUCCAGCCAUUAUGUCUUUAGAAGGAAGGCUCUGGCUGCAGAGAACAGGCCUCUGGGGAAGAGGGUCUUUAAGGGAGAGGAGAGGAAUCCCCCCAAGUUAGGUGUCCAUUUGGGCUUGGGUGCGGGUAGGUUAAUCACAAGUUGCCUAUUCAUCCUGUGCCCUUCUUGGAGGAGGGAGAGAGUCUAGUUUUUAAUCUAGGUUAAGAAUCAUGAUCGUCUUGAAUGGUGGAGGAAUUUAUUAAAGGGGUGGCAGAGAUUCGGGGUGCGAGCUGGAGGCAGGUGUCACAUGCACAAGCAUUUGACCCUGUAGAUUGGGCGCUGACCUGCAAGUGCCCUCUGCUAGUGUGUCCAACAGGGUGUGCCAGGAUCAUACGGUGGCUUGGAGCUCUAGAAUGACGGGGUUGUCUGUGUGUCCCUACCAACUGCUUUGCAAGUGUGUGGGAUUGAGCUGUCCAUGCUGUGUCCUACAACCGGCUCUCUCAUCCCGGCGGCUAGUCUUAGUGGAGGUGUUCGCUGCUUGUACAAGGGAACAGCAUAUUCCCCCCUCUGAGCUAUGCAGCUUCUCCAGCUGAGCCAGGGAGACACUCAGCCGUGAGCUCCAGUUUGACUCCUGGCUUGUGGCCGGGCUCAUUUUAAGCUGUGCCCUUCCCCUGCCUGCUGAUGCACCUGCCUGGGGUGCCUGAGCUCUCUCUGGACGUGGUUGACGUCUCUUUACGUGUUGUCUUUCCAGUCGAUGCAACUGCAGGCUCCUCGCACCGCUGCGGUUUUGAGUGGAGUGGAAACAAUGCUGCUAGCUUUGGGGCGUAGCUGCAUGGGGCUCCUACGUGCAACUCUGGAUCAAGCAUCUCUAGAAGCUGUUCUUUGCCCCGAGCCGGGACUCCUAAAAGGGUCAUUCCCAUGGCACCUGGGCUUAUCAGCAGUAGGAACAACAGAACCUUGAGGGCCCAGGCCUGGACCGCUCUCCUGCAGCGCCAGCGUGUGUGUUGAGCUAGACCUUUCUGUGGAAGGAGGUGGGCAGCAGCUGUCCACUCUGCUGUAAUAACAUGGGCAGCGGGGUCUGGAACAGGACAAAGCAGAUUUUUCCCUCUAGGCUUAAACUGCUUGUUGCUGACAGCUGCAUGUGUGUCGCUACAGCACAGUGCGUAGAAGGCAAGUGGAGGGUUAAUAUCUUUGUCCUGCACAGAAUAUUAAAACAACCUGCUUAACUAGGUGAAUUGGUGGGACUAAAAUCCUUUGUGCAGAGGAGGACCGUGGUAGUUCUAAGCGUGGCCACUGAGGAGGUAGAUGACUGGCUACCAUGGAGGUACCAGAACAUUGUGGACAGGCCGGUCAUGAACAGCUCGAGUCGUGCAACUUCAGAAAGCAAGGCCUAAGAGAGAACAACCCAAAGGAGCCCAGGCUGGACCCUGUACCGCAGCUGCUGGUGGAAAUCCCUGAGGAGCACAGCUGCAUUUGCAUUUGGCUUGCAGCCUCUGAGAGAGAGAUCCAGGCUGCUUGGUUUUUUCUUCUUACUCAUAGGCUCUGUAUCAUUCCCCCCCCCCCCCUUUUUUUUUUUUUUAUUUUUAAGGUAAGCCUGCUUCACUUGAAACCCUGCAUUCUAUCAUGAUACUGGUCAUGAGGAGGGUUUUAAUUUGUAAUGAUAUAAAAAACCUGCACCUGUGACUUCCCAUUUGUGGCCCUCAACCUAACUGCCAGGAGGGUGGGAAAUGACACAGGUGGUGAUCACAUGUGGGAAGGUGGGGUCAGUACUGUACUGUGGUCUUGAAAUUUUUAUUUUUGCAUAUGUAAUCCAUCCUGUACAGGCAGUUCCAACUUUGUAAAAUCUGUGUAUUCCCAUUAGUGGAUUGUGGCUGCCCCUGUAAAUAAAAUGCAUCUUGACUUGGUA